UCGAGUGAAUCGCUCAGUGUUCUGUGCUAGGCUAGGCUAGGCUGCUUGUUUUCGCGGAAUGUGAAUCCCUAAACGUGUGUUUACAAAAUUUAUUUUAUUACAUAAGUUCUCGUGAGGAGGGAAAUAGCACUUGGGCCACUUGGCACUCACUUGUUGGAGUAAAAUAUCUUGUAAAUAAAAAUUUAUUAUCAAACAAGUGAUAACAUUCUAGCAAUCAUGUUUACAUGACGUGGUAUAAUAAAGUUGUAAAAUUUAGUUAAUAAUAAAAAAAGAAUACGUAUGUUACACUAAACAGUUGUGAACUGUGAUAUUUCUUUGAUUUGUAAUCGUUGUUAUUUGCAAUUAAUAUAUUUUUAAAGCUAUUGCUAAAGUAUCGAAUAUUGUUCGACGGAAAUAGAAGCUUCUUGACAAAAUCUUGGACAGUACUUGAAAGGUUUUAAAAUCCAGCUGAUGAAUAGACAUAAGUUCGCAAUUCCUGUAAACAAUAAUGUCUUAUUGAUAUUUGCAAGUAAUAGUUAUAGCCAUUUUAGAGGCCAUGAACUCAUCAGAAUAUAAGACCUAUCAUGAAUCGUUUAUGAGGAACAACCAUGGGACAACUGCAUUUCAUACAUUCUUUUGCAUCUUUUUCACUGUACAGUGUACACUUGUCUGUUCAUUACAAAAGAGAAAAAGCAACUGUCUCCAGUAUGGUGUAGAUUAUCUAGUUAUAGUUGUGCCCUUAAUACUAGCACAUACAUUACUAUCCCAAUACAUUUAUCUUUUAAAUAUUGUGGCUUUUACUAUAGUAAUGUUUAAUAUUCAUAGUAACAGUUUGUACUUCAAAAAAAUCAAUCUACCAAAAAACUGUGACAAUCUUAAGCUUGAAUCAAUAUCGAGCAUGCGAGGCCUGACAUAUUUGAUAACUGGGUUGUGUAUCCUAGCAGUUGACUUUGAGCACUUUCCACGAAACUUGGCUAAAACAGAACGGUUUGGUUAUAGUCUCAUGGACACAGGAGUUGGUUUGUUUGUUGUAAUGAGUGGUCUGGUACACAAGAAUUUAGAGAAAUACAAUUUUAAGAAUGUGCUGAGGAGUAACAUUAAAUUUAUUAGCAUCUUAUUCAUAUUAGGAUUAGGAAGAUAUGUGUCUGUUAAGCAAUUAGAUUAUCAUGAACAUGUGACUGAAUAUGGUGUUCAUUGGAAUUUCUUUUUCACUCUUGCAGUGUGUAAGUUAUUAUCAACAGUACUUUUAUUAUUAUCAAAUAAAGUAUUGUUCUUAAGCCUUGUCAUGCUUCUGUUACAUGAACUACUUCUGCAUCACAGUUGGCAAGAUUGGGUAUUCAGUGAGAUACCACGUUCUAAUCUUGUUGAUGCAAAUAGAGAAGGGAUCUCAUCGAACCUUGGAUAUGUUUCUAUGUACUUAUUUUCUGUUCACUUAAAAAGAAUUAUAAAUGAUAAAAAUAGGAACUUAGUGUUAUUUAAACUUACAACAUUGUCUGCUUCAAUUAUAAUAAUGUCAUAUUUCAUCAAUUUAAUCAAGCCAACAUCAAGAACAUUAGCAAAUGCUGGAUAUUGUUUAUUUAUUUUAUCUAUAUUAUUAAUCAUUCUCACUGUAUUUUAUUCUAUUGAAAUAUGCCUUUGUGAUAAGGAGAAUAUUUUAAUAUAUAAAACACCUUUGGUAUUAUCAGCCAUUAACAACAAUGGCCUUAUAUAUUUCUUGAUAUGCAAUCUUUCAACAGGAUUUAUAAAUAUUGUUUUCCAAACAAUGCUCAUAUCUCCUAUGACUACUAUAGUGAUAUUAAAUAUUUACAUGUUAUUUACCAUUACAAUUACUGUUUACCUAAAUCAAAUUGGCUGUAAAUUAUAAACAAUUUUUUUAUGGAACUAUAUAAUUAAUUUAAAUAUAAAGUUUUGUACAUCCAUUUUGUUGUUUUUCUGUUCUAAUAUAAUAUUUUACACAUCUAGAUAGAGUGCUUAGUCUUAAUUUAACCAAAUAAAAACAGACCAGGAAUAUUAGUUGAGUGUGCAUGACAAGCUACGUCUUACACUCGCGAUUUGUAUGACAAUUUGUGUUAAUGUGUGUGAAUUCAUCAAAAUAUUUCUUAAAUCAAUUUUUUUGACGU